AUGGCCGUAGAGAUUCCAUACAAACCUGUCAACAAGGUUGUUGUAGACUUUGUUGAUUACAACGGCGCCAAGUUCAGAACAGCCUCGUGGUCGGUUCCUGAAGGUUCGACGAGAAAGGGGAAAAUCAUCUUUGUUCACGGCUUCGCAGAGCUGCACGAAAUCUACACCGAAUUCUUUGACAAUUUGACCAGCAAGGGUUACGACGUUUUUAUCUUUGAGCAACGUGGAGCUGGGGAAACAUCUCCGGGUAAAUUGGUAGGAAAGACUGACGAUUUCCACACUUUCAACGAUUUGGACUUUUUCAUCAAACGUAACUACGAUGCCAGAACGGACGAAUCUGAAAAGUUCUUCUUAGGUGGUCAUUCCAUGGGUGGAGGCAUCUCGCUUAACUACGCCAUUCGUGGGAAAUACAAGGACUACAUCAAGGGUAUCUUCGUUAGCGGUCCAUUGAUCAAGUUGCAUCCAGACUCGGAGCCCAAUGUGGUAGUCAGAUCGUUAUCCCCUGUGAUCAACUUUUUGGUUCCAUUUUUGAAGAUAGACUCAAAGUUGAACUACGACUACAUUACCUCUAACGACAGGUGGAAAAACUACAUCAUUCAGCACGACAAGAAGUUGAUAGGCACUGUUAGACAAUUCAACGAUAUGUUUGUUAGAGGCGAAGACUUGCUAAAGAAGGACUUCGUUUCCAAGUUCAGCCCUGAAAUUGCGCUUUUGGUACUCCACGGUACUGAAGACCACAUUAACUACAUCAAGGGUACAGAUGAAUUUGUCAAACUCUUGCCUUCUGCCAUCGAGAAGCAGUUCUAUCCUAUCGAAGGAGCCAGACACUCUCUUUUCAUUGAAAGAGAGGAGCUUUACGAAGAUAUCUUGGCCAAGGUGUUGGCUUUCUUGGACAGCCAUUGA